CAGUUAGCUCUGGGGGUAACGUGACCCUUCCUCGACUGCGUGUCGGGUUUAUAAAGUCCACAGAGCAAUUGUAUUCGUCUGCUCAGUUUUCUUCUCCUUUCUCUAUGCCUUCAGAGCGAACGUAAUCGCGCUCUCUCGUCUCUUGUUUGUCGUGUUUUUUGAUCUCGGCUAGUUAACGUCUCACCUUGCUUCCAGAACAUAAUACAACGUCCUAGGAAGUGGGACAGAACCCAAAUGGAUCAGAACCAUAAAGGCCUGGAAUGAUAGGAUGAGCAAUCACAUCGCAGCUUCAUGUGGAAAACAAGGUGCGUGCUAUCCCUGGAACCUUCUCCACCUUUGGCUCCAGCAAGCAAGUCUGGCACCACCGAUUUCCUCCGUCUCGGCCCUUGAAUCGUUUUCCCCACUCUUUAAUCCCAGUCAGUAGUCCCGCUUCCAGUUUUGCCUCUUCCAGCAGUUUCAGACGUCUAGUUCUCUAUACACAAAUUAAGACUGAAUGUUAAUCAAGAAGAAAGGCGAAGAGAGGAUGAAGAUAAAUGCGCGGGACAAGAACAAGAAGGGAAAUAAUUAUGGUGAUGAUCCAAAGGUGAAGAAGGAGAAUGAGAACACGAAGAAAAAUAAAAAGAACAACAUGCUUCUGAUCACAGUAACUGUUCUUGGGAGUGCAGGACCAAUAAGGUUCGUGGCAAAUAGGGACGAUCCUGUUUAUGGCGUCAUCAAUGCUGCCCUGAAAUCUUACGCCCGAGCAGGCCGACUCCCCAUUCUUGGGUCGGAUGCCGCCAGUUUCCUCCUGUACUCCACUGCUGAUUUUGAAGCUAUGAGUCCAAUGGAAGUGAUCGGGUCGAGCGGAGGAAGGAACUUCGUGCUGUGCAAGAAGCAGAUUCAACCACAGGCUACAGAAGGCAGGGCAGAGAAGAUAUCUCACAAGGCCACUACCACUAGCAGAGGUGGCCGUUGGAAGGCUUCGCUUAACAAAAGCUUCUUGUUUGUUUUUUGGCCAAGGCUUAAAAAGUGCUUCGGUUUCAAAGCACUGACGUCCCAUUAAUUACCAUGAAAUUCCCUGCAAAAUUAUGUAUAACUAUCUCGGGGUGGUUAUUAGUUCGUAUGUCGGGGGAUCAUGUCAUGGACCAUUCAUUCUGUCGUGUGAUCGCGCCUACAGUGUCAUGUUCCACGGUAGUGUCAAGAUAAUCCUAAACUAGGUUCCUUUUCACUUUAUUAGGACUAUUAAAGAUCAUGGAAUCAGCUACCGGUAUUAAAAGGUGGAGAAAUAAAGGUACCUUUUUCCCUUCUUUUUUUUGGUCAUGGAAAAGGAAUACGAGGUACGCUUGAUUGGUUAUCAA